AUGUCGCACACUGCGCGCAGAAAAGCCCAAGACGGCCAGUUUUCCUCGCGACCUCCUCCUUACACUGGACGACCACCACCUGAGAUCCCAGUCAGCAGGAACUCGAAGACAGAUGGCUUUGAGAAGCCUGGUCAGCAUCGCAGCUCAGUAUCCAGAGCAAGCGAGAGACACACAACAAAGUCGUUCUCACAUGCUGAAUCCGCCUCACACGACCAGAACGAACUACCCGCACAAGAUACCCACCCAAAGACAUGCGGAUUUUGCGAUGAACAGAGAUCACCGCUAUGGAAUUGUUCUUACUGCGAUACAAGCUUUUGCGAUCCCUGUUGGGAUUUGCAACUUCCACAUCGACCUGGAAAGAAAGGGCCAGAUGGUCUGCCACACGAAAAGGCCAACCCUACGAUCGUGAAGAGACUGAAAGAUAUCCUGACCCCAAGCCAGGAUCAUUACGAGCAACAUGCGCUACACAUGGAGGAUGAGGACACUACAUGGUUCGGUCUAGACCGAGACAGUCAAAACCGACCCAUUUUCCAAGACUACGGCCGCUACUCGGCCAUCAUGGUCGAGAGCAAUAACGGAGAUUACAGAUCCCGAUAUCCGCAGCUAGUCUCGUUCAUCGGGCAGACCGGUGCAGGGAAAAGCACUCUCAUAAAGAUGUUGAUUGACCAGCAAGAGAGAAAGUCUGCUACUCAGAAUUGGGGCUUCCCUUCACCAGUAGCGGGGUCCUUGGCCAACGGUGGCAGUGUACCGACCUCCGGCGACGUACAUUUGUAUAGCGAUCCCAAAACCCACGCCUCCGGGUACCCUAUGCUCUAUGCUGACUGUGAAGGCCUUGAGGGCGGGGAAAACACACCAAUGGCUGCACAAUAUCGUAGUGGUGCACCUGUCCUGCACAAAGAGAAGAAGAGAGACGAGCACGCCCCCCGAGAACAUCGCAAGCGCAAUAAAAUCACUAAACCACUCCAUUGUACGCAACGGGAAAUCAAGUGGGCCAAUUCACCAGAGACAUUGAAGCGGCAAUACGCAGUCACGGAGCUCUACCCUCGCCUUCUGUACACCUUCUCAGAUGUGAUAGUUUUCGUGCUUCGAAACCCCAAAGUUUUUGAAUCCACAGUCAUAUCCUUGCUGAUCAAUUGGGCAUCAACCUCGCUCGAAAAAUCAUUGAACCAGCCCACGCUGCCUCACGCCAUAAUUGCGCUGAACGCGACUGACACGAAAGUGAACCAAGGAGAGUGGGACCCAGAGUAUGCGACGGAGCUCCUCAUGUCCAGCGUAUCGGGGGCUAUUAAACGAGACCCUGACUUACGGGCAUUGAAGGAGCACUGGUCAGAGCGAGGUAAACAAAUUCAUACCACAAAGGAUCUUCUCGAGUGCUACUACUCGUCCAUAACUGUAGUACGUAUUCCUGGAGAAGGUCGUUACAUGAUGAUCGACGAUCAGGUCGAGAAACUCCAUGACGAGAUCACCAGACGAUGUAGCGAAUCCUUCAAUGCGAAACGUAGAUCCCGCAUGCUGUCCAACUCUGAGACGUUGAAUACUUAUCUGCAAUGCGCCUUCGACCACUUUGCGCAGGACCUCCAUCAGCCUUUCGAUUUUAUGGAUAUAUCCUUCAAGAUCAAUCCGAUACCUUCGCAUUUUGGCGGUAACAUCCUGAGGUUAGCUGUCGCUAUGCAAUCCAGAUACCGGGACGACUCGCGAAACAUGUUCAAAGACUUGAGUUAUAUGGUCGCCUCGUGCAUCCUGUUAGAUUGUGCUCGCCACAAUUUGCAAGGGCCUGCUGAACAAAUACUGGAAAAUCACUACCUUCCACACUGUGACUACGCACUCGAAGAUUAUUGUGCAAUCUUUUGUCCAUGCACAUAUCGCAACAAGCGAGGCGAACAAUGCGUGAAUGUCAAGGAGCGGCAUCCAAAGGGCCAUCAGAACAAACGCGGCCACAUCAUUGGCACUGGUCCAUACGAAGCAUAUUUCACCUUCGACAACUUCAUGGAAGAUUGGGCGCACCACCUGAGAGCCUCCCUUACUGAAUUCCAGAAUACCCUUAGUUCUAGAAGGUUGAUGUCACCUUCGGUUGAUGAAAUACACAUCGUUAGCAAGAUACAUCACGGUAAUCUGAACAAAUUCUACAGUCGCCUGGGAGGGGCUCAGCGCUUCAUCAGUCACACUACAUGCUUCUGUUGCCUAAGAGAGCUAGCCGAGCAUGCGCUUCCUUGUGGACACGUGCUAUGCACACCUUGCAUCAAGGGGUACGGCAAACCACAUAGCGAUCUUUCUGGAUCUUAUACCAUUGCAUCCUGCCCUCUACACGAGAUUGAAACUAUAUUUGCGGAGCCUUGGGACGUACACUUUAAACCGCCACUUGCGGGUGUCCGCGUUCUUUCAUUGGAUGGUGGCGGAAUGAGAGGGAUUGUCAUUCUCGAGGUCCUCAACCAGCUCCAGAUGGAAUUGCGCGGGAUGCCUGUCCAAGAUUUCUUCGAUCUUAUCGUGGGUACAAGCACGGGAGGUAUCUUAGCACUGGGCCUCGGCAUCAAGAACUGGAGCGUAUCACACUGCAUCAACCUUUUCAAGAAGAUGGUAGACAAAGCCUUCACUCCCAGAUUCCUGGGAGGGGUCAGCUUUGGCAAGCCAACGUACCGCGCUACUCCCUUUGAAGACUCUUUGGCAGAAUGUUUCGGAGAAGAGUCAAUGUUUGGAGGCGCACCCGAAACGUUGAUCGCUUGCUCAAGGAAGGUGGCGGUAACAUCUGCUACCGAAACUGGCGAGCAAGCCGUGAUAUUCACGAACUACAAUCGUGCAGAUGACGACGAAGGUAACUAUGCAACCUCGGCUGCCCCCACAUUCUUCAAACCUUUCAAAAACCCACGUACCACGGAAGGAUUCGUUGACGGUGCGAUCUUCCACAACAAUCCAGUGAGAAUUGCGAACUACGAAAGCAAACUGCUUUGGCCGGACGUCGAAGACCGUCAUGCCGAUAUUCUGCUUUCUUUGGGCACUGCUCAUUACUGGUCCGACAAGGAUCCGUCUCUCCAGGCAACUCAUUUCGAUCGCCGGCGCAUGCAUAUUCGCAGAGUCUUUAGCUCAGUCAAGCCUUCAAUUGAAGAGAAGCGCUCCAUGCCUGCAUUGAGAGCUUUUGGCGAGAUGGAAAGCUGGGUUACCAUCUUCAAAAAGCGCAUUGAAAGUGUCCUUGAUGCUGAGUUGACAUGGAAAGAGUUUAGAAAAGAGAUACGCGGAAGUUACUCCGACAUUGCGGUCGAAAGGUACAUACGCAUCAAUCCAAAGACUAAAGAUCGGACUCCGAAAAUGGACGAUAAGGACAAAAUUAACAUCUUGCAUGACGAGAUCAAAGGAUUUUUGGCGAGAAAUGAUAUGCAAAUCAAGGUCAAAUCGAUAGCCUACCGUUUGGUGGCUAGCUCGUUCUACUUCGAAAAAUCUGGACCCUGCAGGGAGGCAGGCGGUCACAUCACUAUUUCCGGCACGAUCCGUUGUAGAUUUGCAGCUGGGUCCGGGAACCUACGCAAGCUGGGAGAAUACAUGCGAAAUCAUCAAGGAGGCGAAAAAUUCCAACCCUUCUUCCACGUUCAAGAAGUCAACCACGACGAGAGCGCUCACAACAUCCCAAUCACUGCUCAAGCCAUACGAGAUAUGAUUGAGAGGGGACGGUUCGAGCUGGGAAAGCUCGCAAUACCCGUCACUUCUGAGAUGUCUACCAUAUCGAUCGAUCUGCAUCUCACCGACGAGAAAGCAAGAUAUUUUGUGAAGUCGGGUUUCCCAAUCAGCGGCUUUCCAAGAAGUCUUGCAGAUGGAGAGGUUCUCAAAAGAAUUCCUUCCGACACGUCAUCCAUUCUCGAGCGGCCAAGCAUGGCCUCCAAAAGACAGUCUCUGCGUGAGAAGCGUCACAACCGCAGCCGCAUAUCUUUGGAGCGGCCCUCCAGCGAUAGUAACAUUUCCUACGAACUUCAAGGCUCUUCAAAAAACAGCAACAGUUCGAAAUCCAACCUGAACUUGAGCUUCCCCGAAACGCCCGACGAUGUUUCGAGUUGGUCUCAACGUCGAACGGAGGCAAGCCGCCCCCCGUUGACGCCUGUGCAGCAGAUGACGAGUGGGGGAUAUUAUCAUAUGGCUUUGCCAGGUCCACCUCAGAGUGACGGGCUCUUCGAACUCGCCUCCGAGCCGGUCGCACGGCUUAGCGAGCUCGGCCAACCGAAUGACAACGACGAGGCAUUGGCACAGGUGCUGGAGCGCAGUCGCUAUGAGGCGCAACCAUUGCAGAGAACCAACACGGGAACGGACGAGGAAGAGUUGGCGAAAGCCUUGUCAUUGUCUAUGCAAUUCCAAUAGGUCUCAUAGUUCUUGUUUCUUGGGUUUUGGUGUCCUCUUCGUCAUACUCUCUUGCGCAUGACAUGUUGAGCUCACUGGCUCGUCACGGCAUGCGGUACUUUCAAUAACGGCCAAUCUCCAUUUGCGCUUACAUGAUCCUUAAGAUGACUGCCUGACAUGUUAUCGUUAUCGGAGAGAUACGCCCUGGUGACCACCUAGCAUGGACGUGAGGGACGGCACCAUGAUUCUGGUCGAUCAGGC